UGCCUUACGGAAUUUAUCUAAACAUGAGCAUUAUUUAGCAAACUGAAUUUUAUUUUACUGACGUGGUGAACAACACUCGGGGUAAUUCGUCUUUUUCCGUGACUCCUCCUCCGAUCCGCCUGAAGGUUGUCAGGGGCAACUGCCAGGGACGCUUCCACACGGUAGCUGAAGUACAACACGGCAACUCAAUGCUUUUACCCCUUUUUCGCCAACUUUGGGGGCCGCCUUCCUAAGUAAAGGUGAUAACGGGCUAUGGCUGUAUAUUUUGAUCACCGUAUUGAAGCCCAUAAAAACACUGCUGCACCAUCCCAGCUAACAUGGCACACAGCACUACCCAUACUCGCUGUUGCGUCAAGCAGCUUUACCGUCGGAGGGAAUGUCGAUGUUUACUUACAGCAGGGAGAGCAUGUAGAAUCCUGCCACAUUGAGCGGCCUCAUCACGCUACAGUACUUCGCUGGCAUCCCACAAAGCCAGUGCUGGCUCUGGGUUGGGAAAAUGGUGAGGUCCUGUUGCUGACAUACCCUUCUGGAGAUCAAACCAUCUUACCAACCGCACAUGCUGCCUGCAUGACUCUAUUGGAAUGGAGUGGUUCUGGCAGCCGCUUGGUGACUGGUGAUCAGAAUGGCACACUGGCUGUGUGGAAACUUGAUGCCAGAGGAAAACUUCAAGGAAAUCAUCAAGUAAAGCAUGAAUAUAAAGAACCCCUAUCUUGCUGCAUCUUUAAACCAACUGUGCCCGGAGAUGACGUGGCUAUGCUUGCACGUGCAUCAGUUAGUGGAGAUGAAAAAGCCUUAGACAUGUUCAGUUGGAAAGGAGCACCACUCAAACUGGGUCCUCAAGAAGGUCUGGCAUUCUUUGUCAGCACUGCAAAUGGUAAGGUCCACAGCGUGGAUGAGAAUGGUAAAACCACAGCUGUCCUUAGUGUGGAGGGUGCCAUCAAGAAACUUUUUUACCUUGACAAGAGAGAAGCUCUUGUUGUGAUCACUGAGACUCUGAUGCUGUCGCAGUACAAUCUGACCUCUGAUGGGGGAGCUAUUGAAUUCAGAAAGGUCAAGCUGAGUGGCAAAGGUGGGCAGAGUGUUGACAUGGUUUGGGCAGGCAAUGGCCUCCUCAUUACAGCAACCGGGGAGCAGCUGGUCAGGUUAUGGGAUCUUGAGCGAGACAACAACCAUGUUUUGUGCCUUGAUGAGACACUUGGAUUUGAGAAAGGAGAGUCGAUCAGCUGUGUUGCAUAUUGUGGAGCGAAAGAAAUACUUGCUGCUGGAACCAGCCAUGGACGCAUUGCAAUUUGGCGAAUGAUUGGACAUUCUGACAUCAGCAGAGGUGACGCUCGAGCCCACUGGAAGCUUCAACCACCCACUGAAAUUGAAGGAAGUGUCUCUCAGCUACAGUGGGGUUCGAAUUUGAACCUUCUCGCUGCAAAUAACUCCAAAACCGUGUUGAUUCUCUGCGAGCAUGUGAUGUCAACCGCCUUCAGCCAGCAGGUGGCAGCAGUUCAACUUUCCCCAACUCAGCUCAGCAUCAGUCAGUUCCACACAGGAGAGCACUUUGCUCUGCAGUCUGACAUGCACAUUAAGGGUGUGUGUUUAACAAAAGAUACUGUGACAGUAUGGAGUGGAAAGCAGAUUACAGUAUAUGAGCUCUCCAAGUCUGCACUACGCAACACAGGAUCAUUCACCUGUGAGUCACCGAUAGUAGCUGUUCAUGGUGAGAAUUUAUAUACAGUAGAACCAAACAGGGUCCAGAUCAGAACACCUCAGGGCACAGUGAAGCAGUUACUGACCUUUUCCAAGGCAGAGGGAAACCCUGUGCUGCUCAGUGUAUGUCAGUCGUACUUGGUUGUGGGCACCGAUACAGCCCACAUCAGGGUUUUUGAUCUUUCUAGAAGAGAUGCCAAAGCUCACUGCAGUGCUAAAAACCUGGCUAAUUACAUUCCCAAUUUCGGAGCUCUGAGGUCAGUGAAAUGCAAUGCUAAUGGAAGCCAAGUCAGCAUUCUAAUCUCUCAGGUGAAUGGACGUCCUGGUCAGAAAGUCUACUUUUUUGACAUCGAGAUGGACACUGUGACUCACUUUGAUUUCUUCAUUGGCCGGCCGUCUAGCGGCAUUUCACAAGCUGAUGAUAGCGACAGGCAGCAGUUUGAGGGGUCCGAACUUAGCGGACGCUGUCCUGUUUCGCAUUACUGGGAUGAGAGUGAGCCACGGCUCUUUGUGUGUGAAACGAUGCCAGUCAGCUCAGAGUCAUCAUACACCAAUAUCUCAGAUGCGGUCGACGUGUCGGUGGUUACACUCUUCUGUACGCAGGAACAUGGUCUCCUUUUGCAGGACUGCUACCCUAAACCAACAGGUCUUCAAGCCAUCAUUGCUCUUGAUGUACCCUACUAUUAUUUUAGCUGCAAGCUGUAUUUUCGGAGGGGUGGUGUCUUUCGGUCAGAACCUGGACAACAUGAUCAGGAUCCAGCUGAAAUUCCUUCUUCAGCACAACCACCAAAUGAGACCCAGCUUAUUCAGGGGACAGUUGGCCAUCUCCCCAACAUGGUGUCCAGGCGACCUCUCAGGGACUUUGUGGGACUGGAGAACUGCGAGAAAGCCACUCGAGAUGCCAUGCUGAACUUCAGCUUCUAUUUGACUAUUGGUGACAUGGAUGAAGCAUUCAAAUCAAUCAAAUUGAUAAAAAGCACAUUGGUCUGGGAGAACAUGGCACGGAUGUGUGUUAAAACCCGACGUCUGGAUGUGGCACGUGUGUGUCUCGGGAAUAUGGGAAAUGCCAGAGCAGUUAAAGCUCUAAAGGAGGCCGAGUUGGAGCCAGAACCAGAGGCCCAGGUGGCAAUGUUAGCCAUUCAACUUGGCAUGCUGGAAGAUGCAGAGAAGCUUUACAAGACUUGUCAACGCUUUGACCUGCUGAACACUUUCUAUCAAGCCUCAGGCCAAUGGCAGCAAGCCUUAGAAACGGCAGAGAAUCAUGACCGCAUUCACCUCCGCACCACCUACUACAAUCAUGCAAAGUACCUGGAAUCCAUGGGAAAUAAAACAUUGGCUCUGGUCUAUUAUGAAAAAUCAGACACCCAUCGAGUGGAGGUUCCUAGAAUGCUGCAGGACGACACGCUGUCUUUAGAAAUCUAUGUAAACAAGAUGAAAGACAAGAGCAUCUAUAAGUGGUGGGCCCAGUACCUUGAGAGCCAGUCGGAUUUGGAUUCAGCCCUCCGCUUCUAUGAACUGGGACAGGACUACCUUUCUUUGGUCCGUGUCCACUGCUACAUGGGAGAUGUCCAGAAGGCAUCCGAGAUAGCCAACAAUACCGGGGACAGAGCAGCAUCGUACCACCUGGCCCGCCAUUACGAGGGUCAUGACGACAUUAAACAGGCAGUCCACUUCUACACUCGAGCUCAGGCCUACAACAAUGCUAUCAGACUCUGCAAGGAGAACAGUCUCGAUGACCAGCUGAUGAACCUGGCUCUCCUCAGUAAUCCUGAGGAUAUGAUGGAAGCCGCCCGCUACUAUGAAGAGAGAGGCACCCACAUGGAUCGAGCUGUGUUACUCUACCACAAGGCUGGUUAUGUGUCCAAAGCGCUGGAGUUGGCCUUUGCUACUGAGCAGUUCUCUGCUCUUCAGCUCAUUGCUGAAGAACUGAAUGAGAAGUCGGACCCUGCCCUCUUGGAACGCUGCUCUGACUUCUUUAUCAAACAUUCUCAGUAUGAGAAAGCUGUGGAGUUACUGGUGGCAGCAAAAAAGUUCCCACAAGCCCUGGAGCUUUGCGUUAUUCAGAACCUGACCAUCACAGAAGAUCUUGCAGAGAAAAUGACCACAAUGGACAGCAAGGAUUUACCUGAAGACGCUCGUAAGGAGCUACUAGAGAGGAUCGCAGACUGCUGCAUGCGUCAGGGGAAUUACCACCUGGCUACCAAGAAGUACACUCAGGCGGGAAACAAGCUCAAGGCCAUGAAGGCGCUACUUAAGUCUGGUGACACAAAGAAAAUUAUCUUCUACGCCAAUGUUUGCCAUCAGAAAGAUCUUUUUAUCAUGGCUGCCAACUACCUGCAGUCUCUAGACUGGCGGAAAGACCCAGACAUCUUAAAGACCAUUAUCGGUUUUUACACAAAAGGAAGAGCACCAAACUUACUGGCAGGCUUUUAUGAAGCUUGUGCACAGGUGGAAAUUGAUGACUACCAGAACUACGAAAAGGCUUUAGAUGCCCUGACUGAAGCAUUAAAAUGGCUUUCAAAGUCAAAAGAUUCCUCAGCUGGACAGCAAGGAGUUCGUGUGUCUGACCUGCAGCACAAAGUCGGUCUUAUCAAGAAGUUUGUGAACAUACGCAGGUUGUACUCAGAAAAUGCUGGUGAAGCUGUGGCACAAUGUGAAGCUCUGCUGGAGGAGCCCGAUUUGGAUCCAGCAGUCAGGGUCGGGGAUGUUUUUGGUUUUCUAGUGGAGCAUCAUUGUCAGCAAGGCAACUUCACCGCAGCCUACCGUCGUUUUGAAGAACUUCAAAAACUACUGCCAUCCCAAAAUAUCAGGUACUAUGUUAGCCAGGCUAGUUUGGAGGCGCUGCAGAGAGAGCUAGGACUGCCUUUGGAUCAUAGAGUGAGCAGUAACAGUGUGAGGGAGGAGGACGAGGUAGAGGAGGAUUUAAACUUGUCAUGAGGUCUGACUUUCACUAACAUAUUCUCAGUAGGUUCUUCAGUCUCACAUGAAGGCCAUGUACAUCGACACAUGCUCUUAUCUGCACUUUCUUAAACCGGGAGGACUGUGUAGUUUAUGAGAGGAUACUUUUGUACUAAACGGUUUUUAUACACUCACAGACGAAUGAACACCAACUGUGUGCUUAAUGCAUAUUAUCUUUUUUAAACUCCAGAGAAACCAAUAAAAUAGCCUUGUUCCUUAGGUGAAGCCUGACGAGGACAACCUUUGCAAAUUGUGUGGCUGCAUGCCUUUCAUGUGACCAAACUGUACAAUUGUAAAUAUUUUUCUGUGUCGAACAUAUUUAAAAGAUAUUUUUGAUAAGCAAGCUGAGUGUGAUUUUGUGACCCGCU